AUUCGCAGAAAUUCCGUUUGUUGAUUCAUUUUUUUAUUUUUUGGUGAAGUUUUUAGUGCAGUUUACAUCGAGAAAUACGUAGUGAAAAUAUCAUUUAAAUAAGAAAUAUUAAUUUAUAAAGAAGUGAUAACAUUUUCCUAAAUAAAGUAAAACAAAAGAAAGUAUAUAAAUUCAUUAUAAGAGAUAACAAAGAAAAUUGUGAUAGUGAUUGUUUGGAUAAAAGUGGAAAAAAGAAAGAAUUUAAUUUAAAAAUAUAAAUGGGGAUGUAAUUGAGCGGCGCGUGACCUCAUUUAGAAACUUAAAAAAUUUCACUUCACCUGAAAGACAAAAAAUCAUACGCACUUUAUAAACUAAACAAAAAUUGAAUAAAAAUAUUUAUAAAUUAUGAAUCCAGUGGAAACGACAUCUGCCUCAGGUAAUAUUCCAACAAUAAAAUGCGAAGAAAACGACACCUGCCAUAAUAUGGACAGCACAAAUGCCAAUGAUAGUUUCAGUAAUUACACAGAAAAGGAAGAUGUUUCUGCGGUCGAUGUAAGUCAAUGGCAAGUUGAGGAUGUAGUCGAAUGGGCUACAAAAGUUAUACAAUUUACACCAAACGUCAUCAAAUGCCUACAGCUGGAAGCAAUUGAUGGCCAAGUCUUAUUAACGCUAACUGAAGAAGACAUACGAGACUUUCGUUAUCGCCUUAAUUAUAAUUUACGUUUUGGAGAACUUAAAAAACUAUGGCAAAGUGUACAUCAUUUACAGCAAAGUCGACUGCAUCAACGUUUCAAUGCACAUCCAGCUCAUCAUAUGCCAACAAAUCACAUACAUCAUAGCAAAAACUCAAGUAAUAGAAAUAAUCUUAGUAUAAGAAUGGGUGCUGCAGAUGGAUCUCCACUUCAUCAUAAUCACAAUCAUAAUCAUCAUCGUGCAGUACCAUCAUUCUCUGCGGCCUCAACAGCAGUUGCAUUCAGUUGUAGUUGCGCCAACAGAAGCUGCGGUACAUUUCUAGAUGGUUGUACCUUUAAUGAUUGUGAAAGUUGCGCUCCAGAAAUGUCGUCUGUCUCGGAAGGUUGUUCUGCUAACAUUCCACCUGAAUUCUUUAAAACAUCAAUUAGUUUGGGUUAUUCCUUUGUUGUAACAUGGAUAACAUCAUUUGUGAUGGUCAUCGUACAUGAAAGAGUGCCUGAUAUGAAACGUUAUCCCCCACUACCAGAUAUAUUUCUCGAUAAUGUACCACACAUCCCCUGGGCAUUUCAUAUGUGUGAAAUAACCGGCACUCUAUUGUUUAGUAUUUGGGCUUGUGUCUGUAUCUUCCAUAAAUAUCGCAUGGUUCUGUUGAGGAGAUUUUUUGCACUGGCGGGUACAGUGUUUCUAUUGCGUUGUGUAACAAUGUUAAUAACAUCGUUAAGUGUACCGGGAACACAUUUACAAUGCAAUCAAAAUGAUUAUGCUAUCGAUGAUACAGGUUUGACACUAUCCGAAGCUUUGUCUUUAAGAAUCUCGAGAGCCUAUACAAUUUGGAGUGGUUUGGGCAUGUCCAUACAGGGUGUACGUACAUGUGGUGAUUAUAUGUUUAGCGGUCAUACAGUGGCCUUAACACUGCUGAAUUUUUUUAUAACGGAAUAUACUCCCCGCAACUUGUAUUUUCUGCACACUUUAAGUUGGCUGUUAAAUAUGUUUGGUAUUUUCUUUAUCUUGGCCGCCCAUGAACAUUAUUCCAUUGACGUUUUUGUGGCCUUUUAUAUAACAUCUCGUUUGUUUUUGUACUAUCAUACAUUGGCCAAUAAUCAAGCACUAAUGCAACGUGAUUCCAAUCGUACUCGCAUCUGGUUUCCUAUGUUCAGCUACUUCGAAAGUUCUGUCGAUGGCAUUAUACCGAAUGAGUUUGAUACUGUUGGUGAAAUUGUUGAUCAACUAACACAUUUGCUAAUAGAAAUAAAGGAUAGUGUUAUGAUGACAGCACAUCGUUUUUGGUUAGAAGCACCAAAUUUGAACAUGUCCUCGAGUAAUGUUUUCUUUGUACCCAAAGAUGUCUUAAAAGCGAAACAACGUAAUGCAGCCACAUCAACAUCGGCUACGGCCAAUAAUACACCAACUACAACAAAAGCUGAUUUCUGGCGUAAUGAAACAACCAUUACAGCCAAUACAACAUCAAUGCCAUCGUCGACUGCAUCAACCAACAGUGUUUGUAAUAACAUUGAAACAACCAUAUCAGAUUCUAGAUUCAGUGAUAGUACAUUGAAUAAUAAAAGCAGUAAAAAUAUUACAAAAAUUAGUGAAAAUUUGCCAAAACUUGAAACCCAACCUCAGCAUGCUGUAACAAACAAUAAUACCCAAAGGAAUGAGAAUUCUAGCAAGAAAACCAUUUAACGCAAAUUGGCAAAAGACUAAAGCAGAAAGCGCAAAUCAAAAUAUAAAUUAAACAGAAAGUAAUACUUAAAUAUUUUCACUUUGCAAGUAUUAUGAACACAGUUUCUUUCUUUAAACUUUUUGUCAAUUUCUUUUCAUUGUUUUUGUACGAGUAGUUUAUUAAAAAAUCUAAAGCUACCAAAGAUUGUAGUAUAAAAAACAUAACGAAUUCAUACAUUCAUUUUCACUUAGUUUUGGUUAGAAUAGUUAUAUAAUUAAGCUAAGCUUAAUAUAAAUAACAUUCCAAAAUAACUAGAAUAUUUUUAAACUAAUUAACUCACUUUAAUGAAGCUGUAUAUCAUCUAUCUAUCAAUUCCUUCCUUAAGUUUACUUUUAAUAGUGGAUUAUAUCAUUAAAUCAAAACUUUUACUUUUUGGUAUUGUAUAAUAUAAAAUUAUGACUGAUUAAUUAAUAUUUCAUUUUUUUCCUUUAUUUGUAAUUGAAUUUAGAUUUCAGGGACCUUAUUACAAAAUUAUUACUACUUUCAGAAAGAAGUUUAGUUUGACUAAAAUUUAAUUUUUUAAUCAUUGUAUAUUCUAUCUAAAAUGUUUUCUAUUAGAUAAAGUUAGAGAGUAUUGAGCACAAAAACAAUUAUAAAAUAAAUCUUUAGAGUAAAAACCACAUUCAUUUUGUAUAGAAAUUUAUAUCUGUUUUAAAUUUUUUUCAUCCUACAUACAUCAAUUUCUACAAAUUUAAAUAUUAAUACACAAAGCUUUAAUGAUUCUGUAGUAAGAAUUAUUAUAAUGGUUUUUGCUAAAUAAAAUAAUAGUUUAAUAACGCCAAUUAGAGCGUCAAAGAAUUCGUACUAAUUAAAUAAUAUAUAUUAUCUAUUGUUAUAAAAGAUGAAUAUAUUUUAAUUUUCUUUUUUUUAAAUUUUUCUUUGUAAUCACCCAAAUUUGUCGAAUUUUCAUUUCUCUACUUAAUAAGAUUUGUAUCUAUAUUUAAUUCUAUAUUGCAUUUUAUUAUUGAAUAAUUUAUUGAAAUCAACGCAUUUGUAUCGAAAGUUGAUUAACAUUUUUCUAGUAAUACAAAAGUUACAACAUUUACAUAAAUACUUAAUUAUAUCGAGAAAAAAAGUAAAGAAAUUCAUUCUAUUUUUGAAUUUUAUUCCGAAAAUAUAUUAUAUGAAUUCUAAUUUUUAAUUUAUAAAUUAAAUCGAAUGCAAAUAAACUCAGAAAGUGUAUUAUUUCCUGUAAAUUUGCAAUUUAAUAAUGCGAUUUGUUUCCCAAAUCUAAAUAAA